AUGGCCAGCAAUCACAAGCUGGUCUGCGCGCGGGCCGCCAGGCGCCAGUUCGGCGGCGCCUUCCAGCAAGCUGUCCGAGACUACCGAGGCGCCAAGCUGGCCGCCCUCACCUUGGCGCGCGGCUUGGAGGAGCGCCUCCCCGAUGGACUUUCAUAUCUUCCGCUGGCCUUCCUCUACGACGGGGAGGUUGCCCAGCUUUCCUGGGAAGGCUCGGUGUCGAGGGCCAAUGCAGAGGCCCGAGCCCGGCAGGGCAACUUCCGCGUGAUGGCCAGGACGCGACCUCUGCAAGCACAAGAGGUCGAAGACAGGCUGUAUGAGUCUGUGAGCUCGGAGUGCGGCAACAAUGCAAUCGUGGUGCAUGAUGGGCGUGUUCACCGAGAUGGCAGGACCAUCUACGCGGUGCACUCCCGCUUUUGCCUGGACGCCGUCUUUAACGAGCGUGCCAGGAACGAGGAGGUCUUCGAAGAGGCCGUGCAGCCUUUGUUGGACUCAGCCCUUGAGGGCGGAAGGGCAACUGUGGUCUUUUUCGGUCAAACUGGCACUGGCAAGACCUACACGGCGCGUGGAGCCCUGGACCUUAUGUCAAACCUUGCGUUCGAGAAGGCGGAGACGGUGGAGAUGUGCUGCUAUGAGAUGGCGGGGACCCGCGGGGGGCGAGAAGCGUUUUUCGAUUUGCUUGCUGGCCACGAGAAGAAGCAGGUCAAGUGCUUGACUGGAGACGAUGGGAACGUGCACGUGCGAGGUGCGCACAAGAUCGUGUGCAGCAGCCCCUCAGAACUCUGCGCGGCGAUGGACCGAGCCUUCGCGUGGCGUUCCUCCGAGUGCACUGAGCGGAACGAAGCCUCCUCGCGGUCCCACUGCAUUUUUGAGUUCAGGUUUCCUCAAGUUGGGGCCGAGGGGGCGGAUGCCGCCGAUGGAAACCUCGGGGGGCUCUUCCGCGUCGUGGAUCUUGCGGGCUCAGAGCGAAACUUCGAGACUCAAAUGCACAGCCGGUCUAUGGCUGAGAGAGGAGGCCUGAUCAACUACUCACUCCUCAUGUUGAAAGAGUGCGCGCGGGUGAUGCACAACAACCAGAAGGACCUGGAGAGCCAAGGGAUGCAUGUGCCCUUCCGCUCCUCCCGCCUCACCCACCUGCUCAGAAGCUCCUUCACGGAUGACUCGCACAUGACCACCGUGGUGGCCACGCUCUCCCCGUCGCCCACCGACGUGGAGCACUCGCUCAACACGCUGCAGCACGUGGGGAUGAUGCGCGCGGCGCGUGCCUGGGAGAGUCCGAAGCUCCCAGCAGCACCGAGUCCUUCGGAAGCCUGGGAGCCUGAAUCCAAGGAGGCCGCCGGCUUCGAUGCGGUGCAGGGCCGGGGGCGAGCCUUGCAUAGCAAGCUGCAGGAUGCACGGAAGGGUCAGCUGAAUCUACACGCCUUCCAGAUGAAGACCGCCGUGGGAGGCAGCAUCAUGAAGAAGUACGAGGCUCAGAGCGCCAAGACGGAGACCUUCAUCGACGCGCGCUGGCACCGGGAGCUCAACGUGAAGGUGCAGGACGACUUGUGGGUGCUCCGGGACGCUGAUGCCGAGGCAACCCAGAUCCUGUCGUCCUGGAAGGCCGAGCAGUGGGCCGCCUCAAAGGUGCACGACCUCUCGCGCUGGAGCGCCGAGACGUUGCAGGCCUUCCUCCAGAGCCUGGACCUGCCGGGCCAGGUCCGGAUCCCCAAGACCAUGACCGGCGCGCAGCUGCGUCGCCUGGGGCGCAGGGGCCUGGCGGCGCUCUGCAGCGAUGCCGCCACGGCCGAGGCGCUGGACCAGGCCUUGGCAGGCGAGAGCCAGGCUGGCAAAGCGGCCGCGGCGGCCCACCGCAGCACCAACAUGCGCAUGACCGCCCUCGGCAAUCACAAGGUGCACGCUGCCAUCGAAAUCGAGGAGCCCAUGAGUGCCAGCCACGAAGCCAGCAAUGCCCCGGCGCAGCAUGAGCCUGCGCCCGCAAUGGCUGCGUGA